AUUUGAGUCUGCGCAGCUUAAAAGAUCAGCCAGUUAACUGAUUGUCCCUCGUGUUCUUAUUAAGCUCCAUACAAAUUGUUCUUCCUUCACUCAUCCCCUGUUCAAUCGCUACCUUCUCUCUGGCUAGUAAAACCAUGUCUCGUCUCAUAGAUAAAGAGCCGAAUGUGCGAGUGAAACCCAUGCGGAUACUAGGAGUCGGUCUCUGCAGAACUGGCACAAAUUCCAUGCGCAUUGCCCUCAGCAAGCUUGGCUACAUCCCUUAUCAUGGAUCUGAAAGUUUCAAGAACCCCCCUCGGGACUUCAACCUUUGGAUAGAGGCCAUGAAAUGUAAUUUCAUGGAUGCUGGUAAAAUUCCCCGAUACGGACGUGAGGAGUUCGAUCGCCUGAUAGGCUCAUAUGAUGCUUGUCUCGAUGUACCUGCUUGUCUUUUCUGGGAGGACCUGCAUCGCGCGUAUCCCGACGCGAAGGUUAUCUUGACUACCCGGGAUGCUGAUUCAUGGUUGGACUCCGUGAAUGCGACAAUCUUGAAGUUCAUUCGAAUGCGGUUCUUUCAGCUUUGGCAAUAUAUGGAUACCGCCAGCAUUGGACCGUUGUACCAACAGUUAAAAUUGGUAUGGGAGGUGCUCUGCGAUGGCUCUUACGAUAGAGAGACCUGUCGACAGGCGUAUCUUGGAUACAACCAGCGAGUUAAAGAUUUUAUCCCUCCGUCGCAACUAUUAGAAUUUCGCCUAGGAGUAGAUGGCUGGGAAGAGCUCUGUCAAUUCCUAGGUCACCCAGCACCACGGGAACCGUGGCCAAGGGCGUAUCCGAAGGAAGACUAUCAAAAACACAUCAGUCUCGCCUUACAUCAAGCCAUAAAGCAAAUAUUUGUGUGGCUUGGAGUUCUCUCGGUGCUGCUCACUGCUAUUACAUUGGCGAGAUAA